AUGUCUUUGCUUUUCGCUCUGUUCCCAAUGACAGGCAGGAUCUACGUUCUGGCCUUGGACUGCUACUGUGGGAUGCAGGGUCCGGCUCAGCUGAUGGAGCUGGAUGAGGAGCGUCUCGACCUGCAGCGGCAACUCGAGCGCGAGGGUCGACGGCGCAGCUCGCUAUCGCUCCGCCUCGAUGAGGCGCAGCAAGACGCGGAGGGUUCAGGUGGCAAGCUUGCAGCUGCGCUGGCUGCUCGUCAGGCCGCCGAGAGCCGACUCUCAGCGGCUGAGGCCUCCCUGCGCGCCCUGGAGGCGUCGCUGGCUCACGCGGAGGUCGCUGCCGCGGACUCCGGCAGUCAAAGCGCGGCGGCAGCCGGGCUCAAGGUCCGCCUCCGUGAUGCAACCGAGCUUACAGAGCAGCUGCGGUCGGAGCUGGCGGCCGAGUCUGACGGUCGCUCCCGCAUGGAGGGCCAGCUACAGCAACAUCGCGAAAGCGUCGCCGCUCUGCAACAGGAGCUAGAGACGCAGAGGCGAGUGGCUGCCAAGACAGAGGGGCAACUCACGGAGACCGCCCGCACUGCCACGAAAGGGGUGGAGGAGGCCGCAGAGCUGAGGCUGACGCUGCAGCAAGAAGAGUCUCGCGCGGUCACCCUGCAGGCCGCGCAGGACUCCCUCGAGUCCAGGCUGGCGGCGGAAAGCCGGAGACGAAGCCAAGAGCAGGAGGUCAUCUCCCACCUCAAGAUGGAGCUGUCGAGCGCUGCAUCGGCGAAGCAGCAGGUGGAGGCCGCGGAGGCCUCUUUGGAGUCGACGCUCGCCGCAGCGAGCCGGAGCCGGAGCCUCCAGGAGGAUCUCAUCUCCAACCUCAGAGCCGAGCUGGCGAGCGCUUCUCCUGCUAAGCGGAGGUUGGAGGUUUCCGAGGAGGCCCAGGAGGAGCUCUCCGUGGAGUUCGCCGCGGCCUUGGCCGAUGCCAGGAGCCUCGAGGAAGAGCAGAAGAGUGAGAUCGCCGAGCUGCAUUCUGAGUUGCUCGCUGCUUUGCAGCAGCGCCGCGCCGCACUCCAGGCAUCGGAGAGGGCUCAAGCGGCACGGCUACGGCAGAAGGAGCAGGCAGUGCUGGUCCAAGCGCAGGCUCUGAAGUUGCGGGCUCAGUCAGAGCUCCGCGGCGAAGCUUUGUCGGCCACAGUGGAGUCGGAGCUGGAGGAGAGGGGCGCGCUGGUGCGCGAACAGCAUGCCGAGCUCUUCCUGGAAAUCAGGACUUUGCAUGGCAUGGUGGCACAGCGCGAUGGGGAGCUAUCUGAGUCGCAGAAGGAGUUUGCCGAGAUGAAGACGGCGCUGGCGAGCUUCCAAAGCGAGGCUCGGAGCUCGGAAAAGACGGCCGCCUCCGAAAGAGAGUGUUGCGAGAUGCUCCUCCAUCAGCUGGAGGAGAUCACUCUUCAGCCAGUCCUACGAUUCCAUCAACGUACCCAAAGGCCCGUAGAGGCCGGGUCAGGGGCAGCCCAGCCGUCGCUGGACAACCACGAAGCUCCGCCAGAGGCGGACCUUCGUAGGCUCCGCUUCCAGCGGGGCUUCUCGAAAUUGCUCGAGGAGGCUCAGCCCUUUGACGAUGAGGCGGCUGUAUCGGGACCUGUGGUGCACUUGAAUGAUGAGCAUGCAGGUAUUCCUACAGUGCCUUUUCAGACGGCAGAAGGUUUUCUGGAUGGUGAUCAAGCCCGUAUGCAAGUGUUAGACCCUGGGAUUCAAGCUGCUCAGCAAGGAGUUUCAGUGGAAGAGCAAACUGCGGAAAAGGUCACGGAGAUGUGCGAGGACACAGCUAGGGAUUCAGCUUUGGCUGGGCCCUCGACAGUGGAGCUGGAGGUCGGCAUGCAAAUCGGCGCCCAAGGAGCUGACAUUGCGGCAGAGUUGCCACGGUCGAGUGCAAGCGUGGAGCCUGGUCUAGCUGUGGAGGCGGGUGGUCAAGAUCCCAUUCCUGGGUUCCAGACACCCCGGUCUACGAUGAGCUCAGCCCGUGGCGGCGUUUCUUCUUUAAGGUCUGGCGCCUUCGAUACCAACAACAUGGUUGCCACCGAGUCCGCUGCCAAGUUCUCCACCGGUGGGUGCCCUCGGUGGUGGUAUUUCUGCGACAACCUUGAGGCUAUUCAGGCGGAAGUGCAGAGACAAAUGGGGUCCUUGUUGAGCCGUCUUACAGAGGUGGAGAAUGAUAAUGCGCAGCUGCAACUGGAGCUGAAGAUGGUUAUGUUCGAGAGCGAGAUCAAGGUGCAGGAGCUCGAAGAUGGCUUCCUUCAGCUUUACCUCGAGUACCAGAGCCCGGAGUGCCCAAGUCCUCGCACGAAGGCGGUGGGGACCAGUGGAGCAAGCUGUGGGAAGGGAUUACAGGAAAGCCUGCAAAGGGGCCUAACACAGAUGAAAGGCCGGAGCGAUCAGCGACGUUCCCGGAGUCGACCACCAGCAUUCCUCACCAUGGUGCUGGUCAGCCUGAACUUGGCGGAUCAGGGAGAGAUGGCCUGGGAGUGA